AUGAUACUGACUGGAUCAAACCAUUUUCUUGCGGGACCGGUGGGACUGACAGCAUUCCUAGGAACAGUUGCUGGAUUCGUAGCACUACUUUUAGUUUUAUUUCUCUAUCUAUCGAAAAAAUGGACAUUAACACCUGUAGCACAGGCAACACUGUUCGGUGGUAUUUGUGUGCCACUGAAUGAAUCCGGGAAUGGUGAUGGAAUUACAGGGCAUAAUUCAGCUGUGAAGAAUUUAGGAAAAAUUGUUGCAUAUCCCGAUCCGGAGACUAGUUCUGAUUCCGAAGAGGAUGCUCUCAGAAGACUUCAGAAUUCCCACUCGCAUAUUGGUCAUUCUGAUAUUUUGACAAUUCAGACAGAGGAUUCUCCUACAGUGGUGAGCACAGGAAACGCAAUGAUGAUUGAUAAAAAAGAGUGUGUUGUUGAUGUGGGUUCUCCAAGUAUGAUACUGGACAGUCGUGCCUGUCAGCAAAACGUUCAGGAUGAGGAAGAAGAGGUGGAGGAGGAAGAGGAGGAAGAGGAGGAGGAGGAGGAAGAAGAGGAGGAGGAGGAAGAGGAAGAGGAGAUAAUGGAGGAGAUGUGUACACCGUCUUCAUCGUCAAAUGAGCCCCAGCAACCACUGAAUGGAAGCGAUGGAAGCGAUGGAAUGGAUGAGUUCGGUUGUCUCGAAGUAGCUUUUCUAUAUGACGCUCCAAUGCGUGAAAUGACGGUACAAAUACUCCAAGGUAGAAAUUAUCCAGCGGGAAUCGGUGGUAGCCAAGUGCGUCUGGUUCUUUUGCCCUCAAAAAAACAAAGACGUAAGACUCGAGUUCGCCAGGGCAGUUCACCCCAGUACAUGGAGAGUUUUUUAUUGCCGAGAGUUAAUCCUGAAGAUGUUAACGCUAUGGGAGUCAGGAUGAGGGUUUAUCAGUGGAGUGGAAGAAUGCGUCGGGAGAGAUUGUUGGGAGAGACUCGUGUUUGUUUUGAUCAGAUAAAUUUGCAAUUGGAGACAAUACUUUGUUUACCACUGCAACCACCACCUCGUUCUUCUGUUCAUGACUGGGGUACUACCACUAGUUUAACCAGAAGUGAUUCGACUGGUUCUCAACAGUCAGUCCAAUCAUAUGCAUCUCCAACAACACCACCUUAUGGCAGCAGUAUGAAAGGGGGUAGUAUUGCUGAAAUACUCAUUGGUCUUGCUUAUAAUGGUACUACUGGACGUUUAUCAGUGGAAAUAAUAAAGGGCUCACAUUUUCGUGGUGGCGGUGGAAGUGAUACCAAACCCCCCGAUACAUAUGUUAAACUCACAUUGGUUGAUAGUAAUGGACAUGAAAUGGGCAGAUCUAAAACUGGAUUGAGACGUGCACAGCCAAAUCCACUGUACAAAGAGACAUUUAUAUUUCAGGUUGCUCUCUUUCAGCUUGGCGAUGUAACUCUUUUUAUUUCCGUCUACAAUCGACGACGAUCAGCUAUGGGAAAAAAAGGACGUGAAAUGAUUGGGUGGUUAUGCCUAGGGCUCAACAGUUCAGGGCCAGAGGAACUUCAGCAUUGGAAUGACAUGCGUUCUGCACGUUCACCUACACAGGUCCAGCGUUGGCACUCGCUUUUACGUCCGUAAGUUUUUCUCUUCCUUCUCUUUCAGUUAUUUCCAUUAUAAUAAUCGAGACUGCUAUGCUGCUGUCCUUCUAUUGCCAACUUUUGCAAUUCUUCACAGAAUUACAAAACUUCAUUGAUAUUAUAUAACAGAACAAAAAACAAAUCAAUCAAGAGAAUUUACAAUAUACAUUGUUAAAACUCGAGGGGGGAGCACCGCUACGCGGAGUCAGUAAAAUUAUUAUCAAUUACUUCGCUAAAAACGGACUUUUCAUUAUUCUUCAUGAAAUCAACAAUGUGUUUAUCAUUCGCGAGUUAAAUCAAGCCCAGACACUAUAGCGGGUUAUACGGUUAUUAGAAGUUUCUCAUUUUUAUCGAUUUGUCGUCGAGUUGCAAUUCUUGUCAAUGGUGAAAAUCGAUUCACUGGUGACCUUAAUUCAUCAUUAUUGUUGCAAUGAAAACAAAAAAAA